AUGCCGCCCAAUGACCGAUCGCCUAACCCAAAUGGCGUACGACCUCAGAUGCCUUCCCUCAGCGCCGCCGCUCAAAGGGGCGCGAAGAGGGCUCCACUGACGCCCAAGAUCGCGGCUAAACCUCCCCAAACCCCCGCUGUAGGAGCCAACACGGCAAGAAGAACACAGCGGCCAACGACAGCAAGUUCAGCGAGGCUGAGUGCGCAAGAAGACGAUUUAUCGCCAUUUCUGGCUAACAUCACGCCGAGGUCGGGGUCGAGGCAGAGCCGAGUCGACAGCACGAAUAGUACCCCUAAUGGUACGCCUAACCCCGACAGAUAUGAAGGAUGGGAUCGGGGCAGCAGGUCCCCUAACCUAGACGUGGAUACGGCAAGAAGGCCCUUCGUCACCUUCAGCCCCAUGCAUUCGGAAUUCAGCCAUCCCAGGUUGGAAGCUCAGAACAACCCCGAGUCCAAGUUCUUCUAUGCCAGCGAAGCGAAGAGUACUCAGCCAGCACAAGCGCCGGCCCCGCCAACAAGACCAGGACUAGCCCCCCGGACGCCUACGUUCUUCUAUGCCAAUGACAGCUUCGUCGAAGGCAGGACUACCAGCCCAUCCCCUCACGUGCAGGUACCGGUGCAGGAUAGAUCCUCCAACAAGUUUGUGUAUGCCAAUGGAACCCCAGAGUUGCGGCCUAGUCCUGCCGUUACUUCGUCUCGCCCUGGUUCAGUCGUUUCGACAGCUUCCAGAGCUCCUGCGAAUAGACCUGUUUCGGUUGCGGCAGGCGGCAAUCCAUCGGCUCAAAGGUCAAAUUCACCUAUCAAGCUCGCCCCGCCACCCUACACGGCUUCACAGAAGAAUAGCGGUCCUCCACCAGUGGCUACAGAUCGUGCUCAGAUGGCAUCACCACCCCAAAUGGGUCCCGCUCCACCUUCAUUACGACGCACGAGCACCGGCACGUCCACGUCUCGAGGAGGCCAUUCUCGGGCUGGAAGUCUAGUGAUAAGUGAAGUCAAUUUCAGAUCAUCCCAGAUAUCUUCCGGGGCUUCUUCGCCUUCUGUUGAGUCGGUAUCAAGACCUGCGCCCUUGACGCUAGCUUCGAUAAUACAAGCAGCAGACGACUUCGAAGAAGCCGAGGAGCCGGCUUCGCCAGAUGAUGUCCCCUCGGACUUGCAGAGCCCGACCAAGUCAACGCAUUCGGCAGACCCAGUCACCGACUUGGUAGCGAACGCCCGGCGCGAACGCAAAGUCCAGGACCUGCAGAUCAGGAAUGGCUCUUUAGAAGCCAUCAACCGCACUCUCGAACGCCAACUCCGCAAACAGACAGCCGAAUUGCGACGGUACAAACGCCUAUCGCGCUCGGGACGAUUAUCCAAGGCAACCAGUACAAUAGAGAGCAGUGUCGCUUCAGAUCCCCUUUCAGCUGAUCCGGGACCCGAUGAUCUUGCCUUAUCCGACCUGAGCGAGGAGAAGUCAGCAGAAGACGACGACUUGGACGAAGAUUCCCUGUCGGACAUCGACUCUACGGCAGAAUCGCUCAGCCCGACCAUUCUAGCAGAACGAGAUGCCAAGCACCAGACACGAGAUGAGAAACUUUUGCAGGCCGAUCUAUCUAAGCAUCAGGAACUCCUUAUUGACUCGCAGAGGAUCAAUCAGAGCAUCAAGCGGUGUCUAGACUGGACAGAGGAGUUGAUUAAAGAAGGCAAGAAGGCGCUUGACUAUCAUAUUCGCGUCAGCGAUGUGGCCAUACCUCCCCGAGUUCUGAGGCCAGCCGAUGAGGAAGAUGAUUAUUCCUAUAUCCCAGAUAUCACCCCCGACGACUUGAUGACCCUAGACGAAAAAUUCGACGAGUUAAAUGCGGAUCUGGACGAGUUAGAGCGUCCCCUGGAACGUCCGCCGCGUUUGGCGGGCUGGGGGCUGGUGGCACAGGACCGGGAUAGCGGCAUAGAAAUCCCUCCAAUCCCCGUAGACGGCGAUUAA